AUGGACUUGGCGUCUACAUUGGGGGUCCUUUUAAGUAUAAUCCAGGCGAUAGACGCUGUCCCUCUCGUGGAAAGCAAAGAGCUCACCGGUGUAAAUAUCUAUGAGAUAGAUGAAAUGAAAAAGACGUCGGCAUCUCUUGAAACCUUGCCAGGGCCAGAGCAGAAAAGCAACGCCACGUCAGAUGACAUCUUUGCCAAAAUCUUAGAAGCCAAUAAAGAUAGUAAUAUCUUACUGCGAGAAGGAGACAUUGCCUUGAGACGGGAACGCAGCGCCAUUCCUUGUUGUCGUUGGCCAAAAUCCAGCGAUGGGGCGGUCUACGUCGCAUACAAGCUGUCUCCCAGUUAUGUUGAACGUGAAAGAGCUAUGAUUAACGCCGCGCUAGAGGAGCUCAUGACACUGACUUGUGUCCGCUUUGUGAAACAGAAACAGGAGAGCGACUACGUGAGCAUCGAGCCAGGAAGCGGCUGCUGGUCCGUCAUUGGAAAAACAAGAGGAAGUCAGGUCGUAUCUUUGUCCAGAGCCGGGUGUAUGUGGCACGGAAUUAUCCAACACGAAGUUCUCCAUUCAUUGGGAUUCAUCCACGAGCACAACAGGAGCGACCGCGAUGACUACGUGGACAUCAUAUACAAAUACAUCAGAGCAGAUGAGAGGGACAACUUUAACAAAAUGCCCACCAAUAACCUGGGUCUGCAAUAUGACUAUUCCUCGGUGAUGCACUAUGGCAGAUACGCCUUCUCUAACACGUCCGAUCAGGCAACCAUCAUACCCAAACCGAACCCGGCAGUGGAGAUCGGGCAGAGAUAUGGCGUCAGUAACCUGGAUGUGGCAAAAUUAAACCGACUCUACCAAUGUGAUGUCUGCAGCUCUGUGCUCUCUAAAGCGAAUGGAUCUCUGACUUCGGCCAAUUACCCCUCUCCCUACCCCAACAACUCAAGCUGUGUCUGGCUGAUCCGCCUCCCAUCCGGUCAGGUGUCGCUUUACUUCAAUGCUUUUGAUGUACAGUCCUCUAAAAACUGUGCCUCGGACUACAUCAGGGUCUACGACGGAGCCACCAGAUCGUCUCCUUUGCUGUUGGAAAAGGCCUGCGGAACCGGACCACUGCCUCCGCUGAUAGCUUCUAAACACCUGAUGCUUUUGGAGUUUGUCAGUGACGGGGCAAUGAACGGAAUGGGUUUCAAGGCUGCAUAUAGCACUGUGACUUGCGGGGGGACAUUCAGCAAGGACAACGGUAACGUUACAUCUCCGGGCUUCCCAUUCAACUACCCAAACAAUGCCAACUGCAUCUUCAGUAUCAUCGCCCCCGCGGACCACAAGAUCUCCCUGAAGUUCACCGACUUCCAGAUGGAGUACACCUCUGACUGCGCCGGGGCCUCUGACUACUUAUCCGUUUACGAUGGAAGCGCCCUGACCUCAUCCCUCUUGGGGAAAUUCUGCAGCUUCACCGAGCUCCCCGCGCCUGUUAAGUCCACCGGGAACUAUUUGUUGCUGCAAUUCAACAGCGACGUUUGGAUAAAUGAUAAAGGAUUCCGGGCGGAAUACUCUUUUGUAUGCGUGCCAGUGUUUGUGAGUUACCAGAGGAGGCAGGCACAAAGGGCUGAUGGGCUUUACUUGCCCCCAGGGCAAGAUGAUAUCAGCCCUCCCCUGCUGGCUUGGAGGAACUUGAGUGGCCUGCAUGGAGCCCUGAAGUUAACCCCACUGGAACACUGA